CUAACUUUGGGGACAACCGCUGGCCAGUAGAUAAUACAGGAUAGUCUACCCGUCGCACAGUGACAGAACUGAGACGCAAGGUUGAAGGAGGCCAUUUGAAAUCGGACUUUCAACAUCAUUCUCACUCUUGUUCGACUGCAGAGGACUGGGCACAAUUGUUAUCAACAAAUUACAUUUUCAACAUUUGUUCUUGGGGGACUUUUAUGCAAAAUGAACCAAAAUAAUCUGAUGCUGUUUCAAUGUGUGCUCCUGUUGUGCCUGGGCACCUGUCUAAGCCAAAGGGACUGUACAAGCGUGGAUUGUCCAGUGUUGGACAACUGCAUCGAGGAGGUUUUGGAGAACGGAGCUUGCUGUGCCACCUGUGUUAAAAUAGGAUGCUCAUGUGAAGGUUACCAGUACUAUGACUGCAUCCAUGCAGGAUUCCGGAAUGGUAAAGUUCCAGAGGGAGAAUCUUACUUUGUGGAUUUCGGAAGCACAGAAUGUUCUUGUCCACAGGGAGGCGGGAGGAUCGGGUGCCAUUUCAUCCCGUGUCCCGAGAUCCCUCCCAACUGCAUCGCUGUCGCGGAACCCGCGGAUGGGUGUCCUCAGUGUGAGCGCAUUGGCUGUAUCCAUAUUAACCAGAAAUACAAGGCAGGUCACUCCUUCCAGAUGGACCCUUGUCAGGUGUGUCACUGUCCUAAUGAUGGCGGGAGCCUGAUGUGUUCCCCUAUCCCUGACUGUGACUCUGGUAACGUUAAGAAGCCCAUGAUAGCAACAACCACACAGAACAACAACCCUCCGAGAGACCUCAGCAAACUGCAUGAUAACAAACAGACAAGCCCGCUAGACCCAUUCGCCACCGCUAACACCCUACCUCUUUACAAAGAGGAGCCAUCUGUCCUGGAUGAAGAUGAGGAUUAUGACUACACACUGCCUGACCCCACAUCUACCACUCCACAAGACCUGGUCCAGCCAACAGAAUCUACCAUGGUGUCACCAUCCUAUGCCGAGACAAGCUCUUCUCCUUAUGAGAUGUUUAAUGACCUGAGGCAGGAGCUGAGAGAGAGACUAGGAACAUACGAUCAGGAGCGAACAGAGGAGGCGGCCAUUACUGAGGAUCCACAUCACAUAGAUCAGACCACCUCAAGGGCCCAGGGUGAGUCAACAACAUCAACAACUAAACAGGAAGUGAUCUCAGAGAGCCAAAGGCGUCAACAGGAGGUUGUUGACCGGGACAACAGGCAUCACAGAGACAGUGACAGAAUGAUGAAGAUUGACAGUUCGGAGGACGUCACACCAACUGUCCGUAGUGACAAGGGAGUGAGACACACUGGCCUCCACGAACAAAGAGACAGCCACAGCAGUCACCACCAUGAUGGCAGUCAUUUAUUCCAAAGUCAUGGAAGGCACCUUGAGGAGCAGCGUGAGGAGCCCAGAACGCCCCAGAGUAAACCUGACCAGGAGUCUUCAUUCCCCACAGAGAAGUUCAGCCCGACCAGCAGAGCUCCUGUCACGAGGGAGGAGGGAGACCAGCUGGCCAGGAGACAGCCCCACACCCUCUUCAACUACCAGGGCCCAAACGAACAGCCUGGAAACACUGAGGUUUCUUCCAAGGAGUUGGUGGAGACCUGCUGUGAGACAGGGGAGAAGUGGGCCUCAGCCAAUGGCCACUGCAGCAACAUGGAGCUCCCCAGAGAGGACAGACACUCCAUCUGUCGGACGGCUCAGAGACAGUGCUGUCUGGGCUCUCUGAAGGAGAGUCGCUGUUUCUCUGGUAUGAAUGCAGCCAGAGAGGGAGUUGUGUGUGAGGUGGACAACAAUGACCAGUGUGGAGCUGACUCCUUCAAGGAGUGUUGUAGCUGCUGCUCUCUGGGGCUGAGGUUCCGUAGGGAGGGCCACCGCUGUGAGGCCCACCAGUACCUGGGCUACCCCUGCAGCCACGUCUUCCUCACCUGCUGUGAGGGAGAGGAGGAGGUGGCGAGAGAGGAGGGGGAGGGAGAUGGCUUGCACACCCUCAGAGAGAGGCCUGUGCUUGACCCGACCACAGUGCCAAAGAGAGUGUCAGACAGUCCGUUCCCUAAAGAGGCCUUCUCCAUCGGGGAGGAGGAGGAGCAGGAGAGGGAGAACACGGUGGAGGGCCCUCUUGAGAUGGAGGAUGUAGAUGAGUGCCAGGUUUACCAGGGAACACUAUGCCACCACAGGUGUAUCAACACCCCAGGCUCCUUCAGGUGUGCCUGCUACCCUGGCUAUGUACUCCAGAAGGACGCUGUCAGCUGUGUGCCAGAGACGGUCGAUGAAGAGAACAAGUUGAGAGAGGAUGACAGGCCAGAGGUUGAGGCUACCUCCACCACACCCUCCACCACUCCAACCUCUGUUAACCCCUGUGAGGGAAAUGGCAUCUGUAUGCAACAGUGCUCCCCAGUGGCUGAUAGACCUGGCUGCUCCUGUUUCCCUGGAUUCUCUCUGAUGGCUGACGGACAAUCAUGUGAAGAUAUCAAUGAGUGUUUGAUGUCCACUCGUACCUGUCAGAUGAACGAGAGAUGUGUGAACACGGCUGGUAGUUUUGUGUGUCAGAUCACCUGUUCUCUGGGUUACCAGAUCAACAACGACGUCUGUGAAGAUGUUGAUGAGUGUUUUCAGGGGACUCAUAACUGUGGGCCAGGCUUUGAGUGUGUGAACAGUGAGGGCUCGUUCAGGUGUAAUGCCAAACCUCGCUGCUCCAUGGGCUUCACACAGGACACACAUGGAAACUGCAUUGAUAUAGAUGAAUGUGGUGUAGUGGGCCAGCCCUGCAGUCCAGGCUUUAACUGUAUCAACACUGUGGGAUCCUACAGCUGCCAGAGGAAGAUCUUAAUGUGUAGCCGUGGUUACCAUGCCAGCCCAGACGGAGCCAGAUGCAUAGAUGUGGAUGAGUGUCAGAGCGCUCUGCACCGCUGUGGGGAAGGACAGAUCUGCCACAACUUGCCCGGCUCCUACCGCUGUGACUGCCAGACGGGCUACCAGUACGACAUGUUCAGGAAGACUUGUGUGGAUGUGAAUGAGUGUUGGCGCUACCCUGGCCGCCUUUGUGCCCAGACCUGUGAGAACACCCCGGGAUCCUAUCAGUGUUCCUGCACCGCUGGGUUCAGCUUAUCCAGGGAUGGCAAGAACUGUGAAGAUGUGAAUGAGUGUCUAACCAACCCCUGCAGUCAGGAGUGUGCCAACAUCUAUGGCUCCUACCAGUGUUACUGCAGGCAGGGCUCCUACCUAAGGGAGGAUGGACACACCUGUGAAGACAUUGAUGAGUGUGUCCAGAGCAUUGGCCACCUGUGUUCCUUUAAGUGUGUCAACGUCCCAGGGAGCUACCAGUGUGCUUGUCCCGAGUACGGUUACACCAUGUCUCCCAACGGACGCUCCUGCAGAGACAUAGACGAGUGUACCAUCGGGGCCCAUAACUGUUCCUUGGUUGAGACCUGCUACAACAUCCAGGGAGGCUUUCGCUGUCUGUCCUUCAAUUGUCCACAGAACUACCGCAAAUCCUCUGACAUGCGCUGUGAACGACAGAGCUGCCCCAACUUGCUGGACUGUCAGAACUCUCCUCUCAGGAUCACCUACUACCACCUGAGCUUCCAAACCAACAUCGUCAUCCCUGCCCAGAUCUUCCGCAUCGGCCCCUCCCCCGCCUACUCCGGGGACAACGUCAUCAUCAGCAUCACCCAGGGCAACUUGGAGAACUACUUUAGCACGCGGAAGCUGAACGCCUACACGGGCGCGGUGUACAUGCACAGGCAGGUGCGUGAGCCACGGGACUUUCUGAUUGAUGUGGAGAUGAAGCUUUGGAGACAGGGCACCUUCACUACGUUCCUGGCCCGGAUCUAUGUCUUCAUCACGGCCAACUCACUCUAACAGACUGGCCCCCAGCCUCACCCUACUUCCACCCUUGUCCCACCCCCUCAAUGGACAGCCCAUCCCCUUCUAUCCCCCUAGCCCUACCCCUCAAUAGACAGCCCAUCCCCUUCUAUCCCCCUUACUCUACCCCUCAAUGGACAGCACCUCCCCUUCUAUCCCCCUAGCUCUACCCCUCAAUAGACAGCCCAUCCCCUUCUAUCCCCCUUACUCUACCCCUCAAUAGACAGCCCAUCCCCUUCUAUCCCCCUAGCUCUACCCCUCAAUAGACAGCCCAUCCCCUUCUAUCCCCCUUACUCUACCCCUCAAUGGACAGCCCAUCCCCUUCUAUCCCCCUAGCUCUACCCCUCAAUGGACAGCACCUCCCCUUCUAUCCCCCUAGCCCUACCCCUCAAUAGACAGCCCAUCCCCUUCUAUCCCCCUUACUCUACCCCUCAAUGGACAGCACCUCCCCUUCUAUCCCCCUAGCUCUACCCCUCAAUGGACAGCCCAUCCCCUUCUAUCCCCCUUACCCUACCCCUCAAUGGACAGCCCAUCCCCUUCUAUCCCCCUUACCCUACCCCUCAAUGGACAGCCUAUCCCCCUAGCCCUACCCCUCAAUGGACAGCCUAUCCCCCUAACCCUACCCCUCAAUGGACAGCCCAUCCCCUUCUAUCCCCCUUACUCUACCCCUCAAUGGACAGCACCUCCCCUUCUAUCCCCCUAGCCCUACCCCUCAAUAGACAGCCCAUCCCCUUCUAUCCCCCUAGCUCUACCCCUCAAUGGACAGCACCUCCCCUUCUAUCCCCCUAGCCCUACCCCUCAAUGGACAGCUAGUCUUCAGCACAGCCCUGCAUUUGUUUCCUACCAUACUGACCGUCUAGUAGACGAGAUGCCCAGUUUUAUACCACACUGAUGAUAUCAAAAAGUCGUUUUGCACAGUUAACAAAAAAACGAUUCAACUUAAGAAGUUAAGUUACCUGGCUGCCUUACAAUCGGUCAACUAGUAGUUCGAAAUGAGUUGACAAAACAUAAUAUGAGUGACAUUAGUUUAUCAAGUUGAUUCAAGUUGAAAUCUUAGGUCAGUGGGCUAGACGUAACACUAGUUUUUCCAGUGUAGAGAAGGGCUCUCUAACCCCAGUUAACCCGAUUCAGCUUAUCAACCAGCUAAUUAUUACAAUCAGGUGUGCUAGCUUCAGGUUGGAACGAAAACUUACAGGAUGGUAGCUCUCCAGGAACAGGGUUGGAGAUCCCUGGUGUUAGCGUGUGGCUGUCUUUAACCCACUAAGACAGGUUGUGUCAGGGCCUCAAUCCAAAUUCUCUCUUUUCUAUCUCCCUUAAGCUGCUGUUCCUUUCUAUCCUCUUGAAGAAUGUUGUACCACUAUGCUAAUUUAAUAUCACAGUAUAUUAUGACAUGUAUUUGUACUUACUGUAUGUAUUAUUCAGACACAUUAGAUAUGACUGGAUGUAUCAUAUUUUGUUCCGCUAUUUUCAUAAGCUGCAAAUAAUUUUUAGUAAAAAUGAAAACUACACAAACUGUUUGAUGUUCCGUGUCUACUGUAUGACCUAUAACAGUAGCUAUAGUCGAUGAACAGAUUCAAAUGAAAUACAAGGCAUGUUUACAAUCCAACUUAAGAAAAGUAUUCAAUUGAAUUGACUUUAAAUUAGUGCUACUCCUGUCUAUGUUCACACAGUACAAGUGAAUCCAGAAGUGGUUCCAAUGUUAGCACCAUGUCAGAACAUGUUAUACUGUUAAUAUACAUGCUUAUUUACAUACCUUUUCACACCUCCCUAGUGAGAUCACCACCGUGAGAGAGGUCUUUAUUUACAGUAGCUUACCGACAAUAUGAAAUAUAAAGAACACACAUGCUUUAUGAUGACUAAUCAGAACCAGGGCUGUUAUCAUAGUGUGAAAUACCUGUAACAAAAACAUAUUAUCUUAUGUAUAUUAAUAUAAUGAAUCACUGUAUGAAGCAGAGGAUUUUAAAGUAGCUGUCCAGUGUUUCCAGAUUUCUAUGAAUAAUUCAUUACAGUAUGAGUGAAUGUUUUUUUUACCCCAACUCUGAUAUUGUAGCACUUGUUGAAAGAGUAACAUCUCCAUCUACAGGAUAUAGUGUGCUCUACACUCAUGAUUUAGUUCUACGCCAUUGCUGCAUGGCUGGAAUUCAAUACAACUCACAAUGGCAAUGUAAAAGAUGUGUCAUAAAGGCUUGGGUUUUGAGCCAAAA